AUGUCCAACAUGCGCGAGCAAUCGUCAGAGUCAAUGGCCGGUCCAGACACCUCGGGCCUGAAGCCAUUGUCCAACGCCAACGAUGACGACCUCCUCUCCUUGUCAAACUCCAACAACAAUGAUCUGGCUCGCAUCCUUGAUCGCGCUGGGAUCUCCAUCACAGGCGGUGGCUUCCCUCUCGACGAUCCCGAAGACGACGAUGAAGUAGAUGAGGAUUACGUCGCGGUCGACCAAGAAGAUGCCAACGACUACCCGUACUGGUAUCGCCGACCUCCAACCCAUCAUCGCACCAAGCUGGACGAGCUUCACCCCUUUGUGCAACUGCUGUCCGUGUCAAAUGUGGAGGAUUGUGUCGAGGUGGAAAAUGCUUUUCCGGAGGCGGAGCGCUGUUCACGCGAGAAGUUCAUCUACCGUCUGACACGUUGCCCAGAGCUCAGUCUCGGCUUGUUCACACUGCCCAUCCUCGACGAGAAUCAGCCUAAGCCUCGUCCGACCUUGGUCGGACACAUCAUUGCGACUCGCACUAGCGAGCCCUUGGUGUCGGACCGCGCCAUGCGUCUCCCCCUGGACUGGCAGUCGCAACGCUGGACAUUUGAGGAUAAUCAGGCGGUUGGUCACGAGGAAGGGGGCCGUACCAUCGCGAUCCAUUCUCUGGCGGUUCUCCCUGAGCAUCAGGGCAAGCAGGUCGGCAGCACUCUGCUUAAAUCCUACAUUCACCGUAUUCGGGAAGCACAGAUUGCAGAGCGCCUUGCGAUCAUUGCACACGAGCACCUGGUACCCUUCUACGAGUCUUUUGGAUUUGAGUCUCGUGGGCCCAGUAAGUGUCAAUUCGGUGGAGGCGGUUGGGUUGAUCUGGUUUUGGAAUUCGGCGAUGAGGAAAUGAACGUUUAA